AUGAGAAAUGGAUCACCAUGCUCAUCACUAUUGAGACGUAUUAAUAACCAACGACGUCGAGAUGCUAUAAACAUACGCAUUGAGUACAUUCAAAUAGCAUGUAGUAGCGCAGUGUUUUAUAUUGCUAUAUUGUUGAUAUUUCAAUGUUGUAAUCGAGUAUACAAUGCAUGGAAGGGCCCAUUUCCAAUGAAUCUGAAUCAAUUUAGAAAUCAUUUAAAAACUAACUAUAAUUUGUUUGGUUAUAACUCUUUAUUUUCAUUCCGUUGGCUUUAUUUCCAACCUGAUUAUCUCCAAAUUGAAUUGGAUGAAAAUGUAAUCGAUGAAACAGUGGCAAACACACCGCGAAUGUUUUAUGGACAUUAUUCACAUGGCGUAUUGUUAUAUUUAUUCAAUCAAGUCUUACCGCCGGCAAUUGACAGAUCACAAAUGGCAUUGUAUAUUAAAUUUGCUUCAUAUGAGCAAUCUUACUCUCAAAUACGAUAUCCAUAUAAUUUUCAAUCGUUUAACAUGAAUACAUUAAGAUGCAUUGCCAGACAACUUAACAUUCCGUCAAGCGAAUUUUCACGCUGGUCCGAAGAAUCAAAGCAUAUUCAAAAUAUUGAAGAGAUCUACAAUAAAAAUCCCAAAGUGUUCAACAAAAAAUAUCUUCCAAAUCUCAUACGAGCCAUCAUUAAAUAUCUUCGUGCAUUAUCGCCAAUGUUACAUCCUUUCAUUCAAGAACAAAUACAAAAAUUAAAUAUUACCUCCGUAGCAGACUUAGACAGUCUUUUGUUAGAUACGUUUCAUGAAAAUAAUUUUAAUGACUCUCUGUUUAUAGUGCGAGAUAAAUAUCUCGUCAUGUUGAUGUUAGAUUUAGAUGAAGACUCUGCUCAGAUUCUUCGAGAAUUUUAUGAAAAAGCUCCGUUCACUAUUAUUCCUAUCAAUUCUAUUAGUAAGAUCGAAUCAGACCACAUUGUGGUUGAAAAACACUACUGUAGUCAAUGUAUUUAUUUUCCUGAAAACAUGAACACUUGGCAUUUCAAUCCAGCAUAUUGGUUACAUGAAAAAUUGAUGAUUCUUAAUGAUGAAUAUCGAUAUAAUUGGCGACGAUGUGAGCUGUUACGUCUUCAAGAAGAGGCUCGACGCGCUCAGGAAGAAGAACGAAAACUUCGUUUUCAACAUCUUAUUGAGGAGGAAGCUGAAUAUCAACAACAUCACUAUGGAAACAACAUUGCCCGGAUAUUGCAAGGUAGAACACAAGCAUCACCCCGUUUUAUUGCAGAAUUUCGUUUGACUGAUCCUCAAACAGUUAAUGAUAAUUUGUCUAAUGAAACAUGCAACGUAUGUUUCGACGAUUUCAAAUUAAAUCAACGCAUCGGUCAAUGGCCUUGUGACGCCAAGCAUUCAUUUCAUUUUAAUUGUAUGUUAAAUGUCUUACGAGCAGGAUACAAGUGUCCUGUAUGCCGACAUCCAGUUGAAGCAGUACCUUUACCUAGUAGAGCAAACGUUUUACAGUUCAUCGUGGACAACAUGAUAUCAAACCCGUUUACUUAA